AUGGACCCAAAACCCAUUUUGUACUGGGCGGCAGAAGGGACCCCAAGCGAAUUCGAAUAUCAGGUCAAACAGUUGGAAAAACGAAGAUUGAAAAAUGGGAAUUCACCGAAUCAAUCGAUAAAAAUCGAUGAAUUAUGGGACACCAAAGAUGAAAAAGGACGAAAUGUCCUUUUUCAUGCAGCCAUUACGGAUAAUGUCAAGAAUUUCAUGUUUAUCAUGAAGUUGGUGGUCAAAGAAAUCCUGCUAAUGUACGAAAGAUAUGAAGAGGAAUUUGGAGAAAAAGGAAAAGCCAAUGAGCUAAUUCUAGCCAAAGAUUCAGAUUUGGUGACUCCAUUUCACAUAGCUGCCACUAAACAGGAUAAUAGGAUUUUGAAAAUGUUCAUGGAAAGCCUGAAGUAUUUUCCUCAACUAUCGGAUUUUUACAAAAUUGUGCAGGAUAAACGAGGAAGAACUCCACUUCAUUAUGCAGCGUGUAAAGUGAAUUUGGAGGGAUGUCGUAUUCUGUUAGACCCAAACAAUCCUCUGUUUUCUGUGGACCAACGUGACAAAACCGGAGUGAUUCCCUUGAUGUGUGCAGUUGGUGUCAAUCUCCCCCAGGCGCUGCCAGUCAUAAGACUUCUUAAUUUAAAGAAGCCAAUAUCGAAAACUCGUCAGAAUAAAGAUGGAAUGACUGCACUACAUAUAGCAGUGGCUGCAAGAAAUUAUGAGGCUGUACAGUUGUUGAUCGAGCUGGAAUGUUCUGUGGACUUGGUGGAUAAUGAGCAACGAACGCCAUUGCAUUAUGCCGCUGAGCAUGGAUAUCCCGAGAUUGUCAAGUUUUUGUUGAGACAAGGUGCCCGAAACUCGACCCGCGACAACAUCGGCGCCACGCCAGCCCACUACGCCGCUCAAUUCUCUGUAGAAUGUUUGAAGAUAAUUUUCGAAGAAUCUCGAAUCACAGAAGUCAAUGAUAACGAGAACAGGAGCUGCCUGAUGUGGGCGGUAUGUGCGGGGAACAUCGAUGUGAUCAAUUAUUUGAUUCAACGAGAGGAUGCACCAAAAAGAGCCGAUCGGGAUAAGCAUGGGUAUACUGCUUUGCAUUUGGCAGCGAUGGUGGGAAAUGAGAAGAUUUGCACGAUUUUGACUAAUCAGGGUUGGUCCCUAUCCGAACGAGACAACCACUCGAACACUGCCCUCCACCUAGCUGCUGGUCGUGGUCACACUGACGUCCUUCGCUGCCUACUAUCUUCUGGAGCAGCUAUGAACGAAGAGGAUGAAAUCGGAAGAACGCCAAUGUUUUGGGCUUGUAUGGGUGGACAGAGUCACACUUUGCAUUGUAUGAUUAAGGAAUUGGGAUUUGAAUGGAGGUCACCAGGAAAAACAGGCGCGCGUCCAAAAACUGAUAACUUUGGAAGGACUGCACUGCAUGCAGCUGCAAAUGCAGGAUCAUCGGCGUGUAUUAAUGUGCUUUUGAAUAUCGAACAGGAAGACUACGUGCUCUCCUCUCCACUAGUCAGUUGCCUAGAUAUCAAUGGCGAAACAGCACUUCAUGAAGCCUGUCUCGCUGGAAAAUUCGAUUGUGUUUUAUCUCUUAUCAAGGCAAGAAGUGCAGCUAACGCAUUCGGACGACUCGGAAGAACUCCAUUAGAUUGUGCCGAGAAAUAUGAGCAAGGUCCGCAGAGCAUGCUCAUUAUUGACUAUUUGAAAUCGGAGGAAUCCGAUCCUCCAGUUUACUAUUGCCCCAACAAGGCGUGCUACCAAAUCAUGCCAAUCCCAAAAACUUGGCUCGACGCCAGAGUUUCGUGCUCAAAAAAUUCCAACUCCAGUUUGAUCAGUAUGAAAAGUAAUGAUACUAAAAAUGUGCAGAAAUUGAUGACCAAAUUCAAUUUGACUCGUAUAUGGUCAUCAUAUCGGCUCGUUGUUACAGCUAGAUGCAUGUAUGUUUUUGGAUGGAUCAAAUCUGAAUUGGGUGAGCACAAGUUGUUUGGAUAA